AUGGCUUCCAAUUCGGCAUUUGCGUCCGGAAGGGAUCAAAAAUCAGAUAUCCGACGUAGAAACGUGGGAGAAGCCACGAAAAGUGACAAUGUUCCAACUAUUGCCAUUUCGGACACUAAGGGAGUUGCCAAGAAAAACACGUUCCUUGAUGUUUUUGAUGAGUGGGAAUUUGUUAUCGCUCCUAUUAUAUUCACGGCUCUUUCGUUCUUCACCCGUAUGUAUCGUAUUGGAUUAUCCGAUAUCGUGACGUGGGAUGAGGCUCACUUCGGAAAGUUCGGUUCUCAUUAUCUCAAGCGUGAAUUCUACUUCGAUGUCCACCCACCCCUCGGCAAAAUUCUCGUUGGUCUCUCAGGUUAUUUGGCCGGGUACAACGGUUCGUUCGAAUUCAAAUCAGGAGAACACUACCCCGAAGAUGUCAACUAUACCUUUAUGCGAGUAUUCAAUGCCUUCUUUGGGGCCGUCUGCGUCCCUCUCGCCUACUACACAGCUCGUGAAUUAAAUUUCCGUCGACCAACUGUCUGGCUGGUCACCCUGAUGGUUCUAUUCGAGAACUCAUACGCGACUAUUUCCAGAUUCAUUCUUCUCGAUUCAAUGCUUCUUUGCUUCACCUUCACGACUGUCCUCUGCUGGGCCCGAUUCCAUCGUCUACGAAACCAGAGCUUCUCUGUCGAAUGGUUUGCAUGGCUUUUCCUCACAGGUGUUAGUAUCGGCUGUGUCUGCAGUAUCAAGCUUGUUGGUCUUUUCUGCACCGCCCUCGUCGGUCUUCAUACUGCUGAAGAUCUAUGGAACAAAUUUGGCGACGUCAAGAUGCCUGUGACCACGCUAGCACGCCAUGUUAUUGCGCGUGUGGUUUGCUUGAUCAUUGUGCCACUCUUGGUCUAUAUGUUCUCCUUCUAUCUCCAUUUCUUGAUUCUCGAGAACACUGGACCCGGAGAUGCCCAAAUGAGUUCUCUCUUCCAGGCCAACCUCAAAGGAACCGAGGUUGGCCGGGAUAGCCCUCUUGAAGUGGCAAUUGGCUCCAAGGUUACUUUGAAGAACAUGGGAUACGGUGGAGGACUUCUUCAUUCUCACGUACAAACCUACCCAGAAGGAUCAAGUCAACAGCAAGUGACCUGCUACCAUCACAAGGAUGCCAACAAUGACUGGUUCAUGUACCCGAAUCGGUACCAGCAGGAAUACGACCCGGAGUCGCCAUUGAGAUUCUUGGGCGACGGAGAUGUCAUCCGUUUAAUUCACGCUCAAACAGGUCGUAACCUACACUCGCACAGCGUUGCGGCCCCUAUCACCAAGUCUGACUGGGAAGUGUCCUGUUACGGUAAUACCACUAUUGGCGAUGAAAAAGAUCACUGGAAGAUUGAAGUCGUCAGUGAUGCUGCAUCCAGAGACAAGAGCAAGAUCCGCACCCUGACGACCGCUUUCCGACUCCGCCAUGAAGCUCUCGGCUGUUAUUUGAGAGCCGGAACUGUCAAUCUUCCUCAGUGGGGUUUUAAACAGAUCGAAACAACUUGUGUCAAGGAAAAUAAGCCCCGCGAUGUUUACACGCACUGGAAUGUUGAAACCCAUGUUAACGAGAGACUGCCCCCCGGAGACCCGGGUUCUUACAAAUCGCCCUUCUUCAAGGACUUUAUUCACUUGAAUGUUGCCAUGAUGACAUCAAACAAUGCCCUCGUCCCUGAUCCCGAUAAACAGGAUGAUUUGGCUUCCAAGUUCUGGCAAUGGCCACUUUUGCAUGUCGGCUUGAGAAUGUGCUCUUGGGAUGACAAUAUCGUCAAAUAUUUCCUCCUAGGAAAUCCUCUCGUUUACUGGGGAAGUACCGCCAGUCUCUUGUGUUUUGGCCUAAUCUUUGCUUGGUAUCUCAUCCGUUGGCAGCGUGGUUACGUGGAUCUCAGCCCUAGUGAAAUUGAUCAAUUCCACUACGCUGGUAUCUACCCAUUGAUCGGCUGGGUCCUCCACUACCUCCCAUUCGUCGUCAUGGCUCSUGUCACCUAUGUUCAUCAUUACUACCCUGCGCUUUACUUCGCUAUCUUGACAGCUGGAUUCUGCGUUGACUGGGUCACCCGAAAACUCAGCACUAAGGUGCAAUGGGCUAUCUAUAUACCUCUCUAUGUUGCUAUAAUCGCUCUGUUCAUCGUCUUCAAGGACAUUGUCUUUGGUAUGGAGGGACCAAACAGGCAAUGGCAAUACUUGAAGUGGCUCAGUACAUGGCGUAUCAGCGACUAA